CUGGGUUUUAGUGUGCGUGUACAUAUUUUGCAGUAAACAGUGUGUCACUGUGUCUGUGGCCACAGGUGUUACUGGUGACUGGAGGGAACACUGCCUCAGAAUGAACAUGUGGGCCAACUGAAGUAACUAGAAGUAGCCUACAACUGAUCAAUGAGUCAGUGGAGGCUACAGGAGAAGUUUUAUGACUACAUGGAAAUUACCAUUCUUCGCAGUAUUAGGUAUUCAAACUGCAUUCAGACACAAUCUCAUGCACGCGGCAAGUUGAAAUAAUUUGACUGUCAAACGUAUGCAUUGAAUACUGGUCAUAUAAAGUAUUAAAAAUACAAGAAACUAACCUUGUUUAACGGCCCGGUAGCAAACUAUGGCUUGUUUGCAGUCGCAAAUUGGCCUAUGUACGCACGCGCAGUUAACUCGGGCAGCAAAUUUCCAUGGGUAGGAUGAAACUUCAGAACACCGGGUUGUCAUAUCAGGGAGUGUUUUGUGUAUGUGAAGUGCGCACAACUCAUAGAAAGCAGACAGCGUGCGAGUGUGCGCGCGCGUGUGCGUGAGUUCAGUCCAGACAGACAGACAGCGGGAGGUGAGGUUGGACGCAGUCACAGCGGUUAGAAGGAAUGGUGUACGUGAACGGUCGGACAGAGAAAACAACGGGGAGAACGGUUGUUUUUAUUUGAACGUCAAAUGCAGCCUGGUUCUGUUACUCCAUCACUGGACUGGAAGCAGCGACUGUGACAGACUGGUGCUCGUUCUGCGGCGGUACAAACACAGGUGCUGAAAAUGGCAGCUUUUGACACCCUCCAUGUUAUUAUAUGGAUUUCCAGUGUUAUCACCACACCUCUCUGCUGCCCUCAGCCCUGUAGCUGCACAGAUAAAUAUGGUCGUCACGUGGCCGAGUGUUCCUACAGCCACAUAACGGAGGUCCCCAGGGGUUUGCCUUCUAAUGUUACAACUGUGAGUCUGUCUGCUAACAGAAUCACCUUUAUAACAAGUGACACUUUUGACAAUGUCACCAAGGUGACAUCACUAUGGAUGGCUCACAAUAUGAUCGCCUACAUCGCACCAGGAACCCUCACGUCACUGAUUCAUCUGCGCAACUUGGACGUCAGCCACAAUAAAAUUGAAGACUUUCCCUGGGAGGACCUGCAGAACCUCAGUGCCCUGCACCUGUUAAAGAUGAACCACAAUGAGAUGACCCACCUGCCUAGAAACGCCUUCUUCAACCUCAAAAACCUGAGGUCGCUUCGAAUCAACAAUAACAAAUUUACAACCAUAGCUGAGGGAACGUUUGAUAGUCUGGUGUCGCUGGAACAUUUGCAGAUUCAUAACAAUCCAUUUGUCUGCUCUUGUUUACUUGAUUGGCUCACACACUGGAUCUCAACCACAACCACCCUCUCACUCCCAAACCAAGAUCUGGUUAUUUGUGCUGGUCCUGAAAAACUCAGAGGGGAAAGGAUCAUGGCAUUACCAAAGUCUGAAUGCACACGGCCAAAAGUUACGAUAAAGUCUGAACCAAACAUCCACGACUCUGCUGUUCCUGAGAACACCACGCUGGUCCUGACCUGUGAAGUCAAAGGAUACCCAAAGCCAUUGGUUAUGUGGAGUAUUGAUAGAAAAUCACAGCGGCAGGAGCUGGCUCUAACAUUCACUAAGGAAAACCAGAGUGAGUCCAGUGAUUACAUCCUACUGUCCCAGCAUCACUUCCAAGUUUUUAACAACGGGACUCUCAUCAUCCCCAAACUUCAGAAAGAAGACGUUGGAAGGUACAGUUGUUCAGCCUCGAACGAGCUUGGUCGAGUCGAAGAUUCUGUGUCAGUGCAGGUGCUGGAACCAACAGACGUGAGGCCGACGACAACCACCGACUCCAGGACAUUCAAGAAGAGGACAACAGAGGAGCUGUCUGUUCUCAAUACAGAGAGUCGUCCUGAUGUCAACAGGAAAUUCUACAUCAACAUUUCACCGUCUAUCUUGCCCACUGCAGAAGUUGGUACUAGUUCUAACACACAAGAAACAAGUUAUCCAUCACAUGACGGUAAAUGUGGCCUGACAGCUAACACCAGAUUUAUUUCUGGCCAUGUCUAUAAUGGGAGCCUGCAUGAUAUCAAUGGGUUUGCAUUUGACUUUGGGGUUUUUGCAUUAUCUGUAUCAGAAACAGAGGCCACAUUGCAGGUCAGUCCUAUUUUCAUUCAUAGACAGAAGAAUUCCAACCCUAAUACAGAACCUGGAAGUCCACAGACUGACCCGGAACAUCCUGCCGACUUGUAUGUUUGCAUCACGGCUAAUCAACAAGAAGCCGAUGUCCAGUGGACACGAAUCGUUGAAGGAAUUAAAACAUACAAGAUUAGCAAUUUACGCCCUGGCACCAACUACUCCCUGUGUGUGACUCACACUAUAAUGGACUGUGAGGUUCGUGUUCUGUUCACAACCAGAAAGAAGGUAACAAACCUCCUGAUCAUCAUCUCCGUAAGCAUCUGCCUCCUGACCGUGUCCACCGUGCCCCUGCUAGGAGCAACGUGCUUCCACCUAGUGUACAAAUAUCGCAGCAAGACCUACAAGCUGAUCCUGAAAGCCAAAGACCAGUGUCACAUGGAGAGGAAUCUGACCGUUAACUUCAACAUCCACAGACCUUACACUGAGUCUCAGAGCAGGAUCAAUGUGAGUCAGAUGGAGUUGGAGGCAGAGACUGAGAGUAAAGAUGGAGAAAGGGAGGUGGAUACAGAGGAGAGUGUUGUGACUGAGUCAGUGACUUUGUCCCAGGGCAGAGGGAACUUAGAGGACAGUGAGGCAGGUUCUGAGUUCAGUGACAGGUUACCUCUAGGUGCUGAAGCACUCAUCACCUAAUGCCUAAUGUGAGCCUUGUAAUCUGUUCCUUAGUUUAAUAUCAUUUGUUGCUGCUGUUGUGUUAUUGACACCAUAGCAUUAAUUCAAGUUGUAUGGUUGAGGGUCAUUGUUUGGUCAAGACUGACUUUUUUCUAUGUUAGAAAAACAUUUUUAUUAGUCAUAAAAUAUAUUUGAUAUACUGUAUGAUGGCCUAAAACUGAACAAUGUCAGUAUUAAUUCUAAUAACGACACCUUCCACAUUUGGCCUCAUGACUCAUGUUUGGUAACACAGGCCGUGGACAGAUUGGUCCGAGCUGUAAAAAUACAAAUACAGUAUUUUUUUUUCUGUAGAUAUUCACUACUUUAAAUGAGGGUUUAAGUAGAAACAAUCAAAGUAGUUUCAGUUUUACACUCAUGUCUUAAACAUACACAUAAAUUAUUUAAUGUAUAUUUGUGCCUUUAACAACUCGACAAUCAACAGUUUAUUCAAGUGUCAUUGGAGGGGUAAUAUUACCACAAACAUGGAUAUAAUUAUGAAAUAUCUGAAAUGGCCCUGCUACAUUAAAAUAAAAAUGUAACAUAAAUGGAAGAAGAAGAUAUUAGAGUCAUUUGAGCACCUGUCUGAUGAUCCACAUAUAGAGAUAAAAGAAUUGGUAAGUCGAAGUAAUCAUUAAAUAAAUGGACCUCAUUUCUUCCAUCUGAAGUCAGGUAACUGUCCAGAUAUUUAUAAUAUCGAUCAGAAAGCCACUACACGUGAUGUUAGCAGCAGUCCAUGUGCUAAAUGUGACUCCGUGUAUACAGAGAGUCUGCUUCAAAGUCUAGUGAACCUGUGCUGUUCAAGUAGCUUAACAACAGACCAACAGCCUUGGAGUCCUGCAGCUGUCAGCUUCCUAUUGGAUCAUUUAAAACAGACGAUGGCGAUUGUUUCGCCAUGUGGAAUAAUAGUCGUCUAUCACUUUGUUUACUGCCAUGAUGGUAAAAAUGUAGGCAAUACUGUGUUGUGUGUGCAACGGUUCAAGCACCAGUUGAAGCUCUUAUUAUAACAGGGUGAUUCUGUGGUUUAGUCCAGUUUAAUGUGUUUCUGAUGCUUCUCAAUGUUGUGACUCACACUAAACUGCCUACUGUGUAUGUCUUGAUUCUGUUUGAAGAAAUGACAUGGUAAAGAGAUAUUUAAUUCUGUAUGCUGUAAAUUCAAACUUAUAAUCCAGUUCUGGUAUUACUUAAUAAAGUUAGCCUUUUAUUGUCUGA